AAACGAGUAGGAUUGUAUUAACACCCAAUCUCUCGAUAAGACCCUGUCGCGCAGCGUGUUGACUGGGCCCAAAGGGAGUUCCCUACAUAAGGCGGACCACCGACCGCGACCGAAUCUAUCGUCUCAACUCUCAUAUCUAAUCUUGCAUUCAUCGAGAGAAAAUGUCACUUCACCCUCUUGACCCCGCUACCGCGGUCGAGAUUGAGAAAGCCACCACCUUGGUCAAAGACGCUUAUCCUGGGAUUCCCCUGCACUUCAAGGCCGGUGGUUUGCAGGAACCACCCAAGGCGGCUCUGCUCGAUUUCCUGGAUGCUGAAUACAACAAUAAACCCCUACCUUUUCUCCCCAGAUGCAUAUUUCUCAACUGGUACAUUAAACGGACGCCUCGGCUCUUCGAAGCAGUGGUAGAUGUAACCAAUGGCACCUUCGUCCACCACGCUGAGCUUCCCCGAGACUUCCAUGGUCCGGGCGACCGAGCGGAGAUGAAUGAAGUAGCUCAGGCUGUCAUGGCUGAUCCUGCAGUACAAGCGGAAAUUAAGCGCCUGCAGAUUGAUGAUACUACGGUCGUUCUUGACCCGUGGGACUUUGGUGUGGAUGGCGAGGAUACACAGACGAGGCACGCUCAGGUGUUCAUGUACAUGAGAAACCCGGCAAACAACGAUCCGGACUCCAAUCACUACAGCUUUCCGCUCGACUUUAUGGUUACUGUUGACUUGUGUGCCAUGAAGGUGAAAAAGAUCAUCCGACUUCCUCUUGGGGCCGAUGAGAGCGUGACACAGGGUUCCAGCGUGCCUCAUCGCCGUACGGCUCCAGAGGAGCCUGAAUAUGACCACCGUCUGCAGAAGACCCCUCCGCGAAUGACAUUAAAGCCAUACCAAGUGGUUCAGCCCGAGGGUGCCUCCUUUACUGUUAAAGGUCACCUUGUCGAGUGGGAGAAAUGGCGAUUCCGAGUUGGUUUCAACUGGCGCGAAGGAUUAACGCUGCAUGACCUCUCUUUCGACGGUAAAAGCAAUUUCUACCGUCUAUCACUCGCUGAGAUGUUUGUUCCGUAUGGUGAUCCACGCAAUCCCAUCUACCGUAAGGCUGCGUUUGACCUGGGAAAUGUGGGUGCAGGUGUGACGGCCAACAACCUGCAGCUUGGCUGCGACUGUCUCGGUACGAUCAAGUAUAUAGAUGGUCAUGUCGUUUCAGUGGACGGCGAUGCAUCUCCCCGACCAAAUGCGAUCUGUAUCCACGAAAUCGACAACGGGAUCCAAUGGAAGCACACCAAUCACCGUACCGGCAAAGCAACAGUAGUACGCAAGCGGCAAUUGGUCCUCCAGACUAUCAUCACAGUGGCCAAUUACGAAUACAUCUUCAUGUGGUACUUUGACCAGUCUGGUGAAAUCACCUUCGAGACCAGAGCAACUGGGAUCCUCUCCACUCAGCCUAUUGGCAAAGACGUCGUGGUUCCGUGGGGAACCCGGGUAGCAGAUGGUGUCAUGGCCCCGUACCACCAGCACUUAUUUAGCCUUCGUAUUGAUCCUGCGAUUGGCGGUGUGCACAAUAGCUUUGCUUCCACAGAUUCUGUGGCCAUGCCAUGGGACGAUCAACUCAAUCCCCUAGGUACAGGCUAUGUGACAGAGCAGAAGAUUCUGGACCGAGCAGGUCAUGUCGAAGACGAUGUCAGCAAAGGCCGAGUCUUCCAAAUCCUAAAUGAAAACAUCGAGAACCCGGUCUCGGGUACUCCGCUGGGAUAUAAACUCGUUCCUCAUAGGUCCCAGAUGCUCCUAGCCAAACCCGGCUCCUGGCAUUGGCGGCGGUCUGAAUUCGCCGAGCACUCGAUCUGGGUCACCCGGUAUCACGAUGACCAGCUCUUCCCGGCCGGUAAAUACACAAACCAGUCACUUGGUGGCACAGGGAUCAAGUCCUGGGUUGAAUCCCGGGAGAAUGUCCGCAACCAGGAUAUUGUCAUCUGGCAUACUUACGGCCUUACGCAUAACCCUCGAGUGGAGGACUUCCCAGUUAUGCCGGCAGAGAUUGUUCAGGUGCAUCUGAAGCCUUACAAUUUCUGUCUGUUCAAUCCGACGAAUGACGUACCUCCAUCUAACCAGAAGGCGAAUCAGAGUGUCGAGUAUAAGGCGCCAGAGCCUGUGGGGUCUGUGUGCUGCAAGAGUAAUUUGUAGGAGCUUUUGAUUCGCUUGUUUUAUUGAAAUGUGUAGGUUCGAUCUCACAGAUGAUCAGUCUGGACCUAUAAUAUCAUGCGGGCUAUUUUGGAGCUCAAGUCUGUUAGUGAAACCAUUUGAACAAGUCAUCCACAUGUGGAGGUCUGAAACUUGGAGUAUGCCUAGAGGUAUCGCUGGCAAGGAAAUCAAAUCCGUGGGUGUCAAAUGACGCACAUAGAGCAACGAGAGAAUAUGAACAGGUCAGAAAGAAUUCCUGGGACGUUCUUGUUGAUCAUCAUGUCCUUUGUCCCAAUUACCAUAGCUCAUCGCGCCUGAUCAGGAUGUAAAACAAGUGAUUUAUCCUGUCUGUGCAUUAUCGAAAC